UCCUUCCAUCAUCAGCAGCACUCAACAGAGCUGUAUCAGUGUCUGCGAGGGAGAAAGGAGAGAGAAUCUCUUAUCACGGGAAGACAGGAAUAUUUACAUCAGAUCAUUAUCUCUCUUUUUCUAUGUCUCUCUCUCUCUCUCUCUUUCCAUUUUGAAACGGAGUAGCCUAUUUAUCUGUCUAUUCGCUACCGAUCAUCUCAGAAACAGAACAGAGGAUUAAAAACAGAAGAGAAGAGUCAAACAAAAGGAGAGACUAAUGGAAGAAUAAAAAGCUAAGGAGAAGAGAGGAGGAAGACCUCUCAUCUCAUUCAUCUAUUCUAGCAGGAAGAAGGAAUUUAGGCUACCUCUCCUCUACACUUGAUCAUCUCUCUCUCUUUCUCUUUCUCCUUUGCUAUCUCUUUCUCUCUCUAUGGUCAUGGCUGUGCAGGGGACCAGCCUGCUAGAGAACCCAGUUCAGGUGGUUCUGUACCUUAGAGAACUGACCACUAUUGUUCAGAACCAGCAGAGCCUCAUCCAAACACAACGCCUGCGCAUUGACGAACUGGACCGACGCGUGGAUGAGCUGCUUGGGGAGAACAGGAAUCUGCGUGAAGCAAGAGGUGUACAACCUCCCCAUCAUCACCCAGACCACAACCUGAGCCUUCAUUGUCAUCAUCCUCAGCAUCAACAUCCGUACCCACAAGACACCGGUUCUCUGCCCGCCCAGCCCAUGCCUGAGGUUCCUCCUGCUGAGCCAGAAAAGUCCUCUCCUCAACCCGCCAAUCCGGAGGACAUGCAGCUGGUACCGGCCCAUCCCCAGCCACAGUCACUGAGCCCUCUGCAAGGCAAGGCCAUCCCGGGCGAGGGGGAGGACAGCAGCCACACACUGGUUCCCCUGGUUCCCAUAGCUCCCCUCACUCCUACCACUUUCUGUCGCUCGCUGGCUCUCACCAGGCAAUCAGAGAGUCAGACAAUACUACAUCAGUUCUGUUGUCCUGCUCCAGAGGCUCCAGAGGCUGCUCUCACUGGCUCCUCCAGGUAA